AUGAUACAACGACCACCAUUGCCCAACAAUAAUAGCCCAAUCAUUACACGUGAUAAUGAAUGCCUUGUUCGAGAACAAGACCGCUUGAUGCCAAUAGCAAAUGUGAUUCGUAUCAUGCGAAGAAUCCUCCCUCCUCACGCCAAGAUCUCAGAUGAUGCCAAAGAGACAGUCCAAGAAUGUGUUUCCGAGUACAUUAGUUUUGUUACAGGCGAAGCCAACGACAGAUGCCAACGCGAGCAAAGGAAGACCAUCACGGCUGAAGACAUCCUUUGGGCAAUGAGCAAAUUGGGAUUUGAUGAUUAUAUUGAACCCUUGACCAUUUACCUUCAUCGUUAUAGGGAGAUCUAUGGUGGUGAGCGUGGGUCGUUGUCUGUAAAGGGCACUGAGCCACAAGCCAACCUAUUUGGAAUUGAUGUUUUUCAAAUGGGUCAUCGUCUCUUUGACCAUACUACCCUUGCUGGCCUUGUAAAAGAUCCACCUAAUUAA